AUGUCGGAACCGAAGGUUCGGAGGCAAAACCACUCCUGCGACCACUGCAGGAAGAGCAAGAAGGCGUGCGAUGGGUACAUUCGCAAUGAGAAGCCGGCAGUUUCACCUGAUGCAACGUCGCCCACUUCUGGGUCGCAAAUCUGCAUUAACCAUGUCGCUUUAACCAAGAAGGUUUGUAGUCUGAACCCACAAUGGGGCAAGACUCGAUCAAGGUCUCGAGUGAGUGAGACAGGGUCAAGCAUUACAAGCACCUCCAACGAUAGCGCUCAGAGCAAGAGGAAGCGCAAUGAGUCUCCCGCCACCACUACUGCCCCCUCACUCAACGCAAAAUACUGCGAAAUCACCACAGCAAAUAUGCUGCAGAUGAUUCAGGACUCAACACCAGGCCAAGGCCUGUCCUGGAACAACCCCUUCGUCAAUACAGAUGUCCCUUCCUUUCUGUCUAUGGACCCAGCCCUCGAUGCCCAGAGUCUCGCAAUGAGCUUCUCUAGUCCAGAGAGUGCUUCGCAGACAGUAGCACAGGAGGCUGUUGACGAAGGGCUACCUGAACUCACAAAGCAGACUUCACAUGCGGCGACUGACGCGCUGGACAACUCGACAUCUUAUUCAGGCUCACAAGACUUUGACAUCAAUAAUCUCUGGGAUUUGGACUUCUCAGAUUUUAAUUCAGCCCCUCUCGACACGCUGUCAUCCAUAGAAUCUCCAGCCAACAGACAUAACGCCGUUCAGGUGAAGCGCAGGGCCCGCCUACCCUCCAACGACUGGUCUGGAUAUCCCAACUUCUCGCCUUCACCAUUCACCAGCGACUCUCUCAUUAUGCAGACCUCCAAUCGAUACAUGAUCACCGAGAGUCUUCUUCAGAUCUAUCAUGACGUACUUGAGAAUAACCUUGCAUGUUGGCUAGCUGAGGAGAACUGCCCAUACAAGCUACAAGUUGUCGCUCGUACUAGUCCAGCACCAGAACCCAAAGUGGGUGCAACUCCAGGACCUUCCCGUCACAAUCCGAAUCUUCCGCCAGAAUGGGGCGCUGCUUGGUCGAAUAGAAUGUAUCGUCGUGUCGUGGAACUAGAUCGAGCAGCCCAAUCAGCGCGGCUAAUCAACCUGACUCGGUCGGAAAGCCAAGCAGCAUCUCGAGUAUUGGACCUAGUCAUAAUGGCGUUCACAACACAAUGGGCACAGGGCAACCGUCGGCAAGAAAGGUUCUCCAUGGGGGCGAACGACAUUGCCGCUGAAGCAGAUGACUUGGCAGACGCUCUGAAUCAAGAGUUUGAGGAGAGUUUACAGCGGUCAGUGUGGGAACAAGCAAAGAGGGCACUUCAAGACGUCGUUGAUGUCGAGUCUUAUCGUGUUAUAUACGCUGAACUCAUCUUUGGUUUGACACAAAAGCCUUGGGCUAGUGAUGAGUACCAACAGAAGUCCUUUGGGUCCAAAAAAGGAAAAAGUAGCAAAGGCAUCAAAGAGAACGCGAUGCCAGAGAUUAUCGAGAUUAUGUCUCGGGAAGGACCUCAUAUCUAUCUGGAGCGGGCAACGAGAAAGAUCCAUGCACUCAAGUUCAGGUUUGAAGCUAGUGAAUCUGGCUUCAUGGAGACGAGUAAAAAGCAUGCUCCUCGGCGGUUGACAGAAGAAAACAGACGUACGAUUGGGCUUCUUUACUGGCUUGCUGUCAUGUUUGACACAGUCUCUUCAUCGAUGAAUGAAAGGCCAGUGGCUCUGGCUGAUGAGGAUUGCCAGCAUGAAGAUGCUGACCAAAUACUGGCAGAUAGUAUGCGAGCAGCACAAAAGAAUCGGCGAGGGAGUCAACGAUGGGAAAUGGAACUCUUCAUUCAAGAUGAUGCGGCCAAACCAACAGUCGGAACACGAUGGCCAUGCUCCUAUGACGACGCGAUGCAAAUGGUUGCCAAGUCAGCACCUGUCAAGAUUCUAAUCUAUCGUCAUCUGUCAUAUCUUCAGAACGCCCUGCGAAAACGAGAGUGUCCCCAAGCAAUUGAAGAUAUCAUCCAACAAACCACUCUCCUAUACCGUUACUGGAACAUGACACACGGAGCCUUCUUCCGAGACCUCAUUAGACACUACGAUACGGUCCCGCCACGGAUUAGAAGUUGGUUCUUCUGCAUCGCAGUACCAUGGCAUCUCGGCGCCCUAAUGCUAGCAGAUGUUCUCGAGUUCAUCGACAAGAACAACUACGGCCUCGACCAAGCACGCCAAAAGAGACUCAGCGGUAACGUCGCAGCACGUAUCCGCAAAGCAAGCGCCAUUGAACUUGCCGACCUCGCUCAAGUAACUACACCGCGCCUAUUCCAAGAAGCCGGUAUAAACGCGGCCCAGCUGCCAGACUACCACUUUGCACCGACGAUGUCAAACGAAUCUCAAGACUACCCGCCCUUAAGUAAAGAAAUAGUGGAGAUUGAACUUGAGUCGAGAGAAGCUAUCCGGGAAGGAAAAGCACCCGAGACGAGCAACGAUGUGGCAGAAUUGGGACCUCCACAAGCCGACACUGACAAUGACAACGACCAAGAUGGUAGUUCGCCAUUACAGGAGCCUGCUUAUACAGGUCAAAGACUGGAAGUAGAGGGUAACACGGAUCCUCGGAGCCACCCGAAUCAGGAUAUUGUCCAUCAAAAUGUGCCGGCUGACCUGACUGACGAAGCUAUCCUCUCUAUGAUCAGGGCCUUGCUGAUUGACAAGCUACAUCAAGCCCAUCGAUUUCGUGGCAUUCUAGAUCGUUUCGGAAUAUGGCUUGAGUGGUGUUUCGCAGCUAUAAAUAAGCUACAGCAACGAGUUCCUGGCACGGUUGAAAGCUCGUACUCAGAUUUCAGGCAUAGAUUCAAAGGAAAGAUCGUCAAGCGGCAAGCAGUGACGCUGCAACACGGGCCAGAGGAAACUGUCCUGCAAGAAAAGCGAGCUGUCGUUAGCUUUCGUGUUCUGAAGAAAGCCCCAGAACUCUUCAGCAUACUCAUUGUUCAGGAUGAGCAGAUUACAGACAUCAAAUCCCCUGAUCAGCAAUUUGAUGUUAACAUGUUUUGGAAAGGCUAUAUGUUCCCUCAACCGAACGAGCUAGAAGACUUGGAUGAGUUGAAAAACGUGGAGGAACUCAUGUUUGACAACUCUUUCAAACGUUCAAAGGACUACUUUGUUGCUCUUCAGACACUCAGAAUUAUCGAUGAGUGGUUAGAUGAGGUUCAGUCAACUGUUGAAGACAUGUUCAAAGAUCCGGUUCUGUUACAGGCAUCUAUGUGGGAGGAUAAGAAUAGAUCAGACAGAUCUUUCGAGGUCGCCAUUCGUUAUGUGAAUGAACUUACUAACGCGACUAAAAGUCGGGUUCAAAAGAAACACGAGGAGAUUAACAGUCUUCGAGAUGGUCUUUUUAAUGCCACAUCUCUUCGAGAGUCAACUAAGGCAAUGGCGUUGAAUCAGGCAAUCUAUGUCUUCACCGUUGUUACGGUACUCUUCACGCCGGUCAGCUUCUUGGCGACGUUUUGGGCUUUACCGUUCUUGAACAACCCAGCAGCAGGCAGUGAUAUGGUACCAGAGCCUUCAGCCUUUCGCAAUAGCUUUAUUAUCAUGCCUCUCCUUACCUAUGCCCUGGUCAUCGGCGUCGCGUGUACACUGGGGGAUCGUAUGGAGGCUCAUGACAACUGCAUGGAACUCGCUCCCGAGGAUGCCCUGGAGAUGAAGCGGCAGGUCUCCUUUCUCUGA